UCCUUUUUUUUAAUAAAAAAUAAUAAUAACAAAUUCUUCCUCAAAAUAAAUAAAAAAUCAAAAAACUCAAUAAUACAAACUCUACAUUUGCAAGCUUACCGUCUCAGCAAAACCAAUCUCAAUUAUCGCAUUUUUCAUAUUUCAAUUUCAGCAUAGUAAUUGAAGAAGGUUGAACAAGUGGAGUAGUGCUGUUUAAUUGGAGAAUCACUGGAAUGCAUAGGCCUGUAGCUGUUUCAGCUCGCGGUGGAUUGCCUACUGAUGACACUGGUGACUCUGUUGUGACAUUAGAUCAAGUUCCGCGAUGGAAUGAUACUGAUCAGUCGUUAGGUUAUGAAAUUGGAGAUUCUCUGCUGUCUGGUUCGUAUUUUCCUGAUCCUUUAGCGUCCGCGUCAGGAGCAGAUGGAAGUACGUCCGUGUCUAGGUUUCCUGUUGAUCAUGAAAUUAAUUCGAGAAUUUAUUUGUGGCGAGGGAAUCCGUGGAAUCUUGAGGUGGAUGCUGUUGUAAACUCGACGAAUGAGAAUAUGGAUGAAGCACACAGCAGCCCUGGAUUGCAUGAUGCAGCUGGACCUGGUCUUGCAGAAGAAUGUGCGACUCUGGGUGGAUGUCGAACAGGGAUGGCUAAAGUUACCAAUGCAUAUGACCUUCCUGCCAGGAGAAUUAUCCACACUGUUGGCCCCAAAUAUGCUGUAAAGUACCAUACUGCUGCAGAGAAUGCUUUAAGUCAUUGCUACCGUUCUUGCCUGGAGCUUCUAGUCGACAGUGGACUUCGAAGCAUUGCUAUGGGUUGUAUUUAUACGGAGGCAAAGAAUUAUCCCCGAGAACCUGCUGCUCAUGUAGCUAUAAGAACUGUGCGACGGUUUCUUGAAAAGCAGAAAAAUAACGUAACGGCUGUCGUAUUUUGCACUACUAGCACAACUGAUACUGAAAUAUAUAAAAGGUUGCUUCCACUUUACUUUCCCCGGGAUAAACAUGAGGAGCAAGUUGCUUUGUCAAAACUUCCUGCAGAUGUGGGGGAUGAAAAUGGUGAGACCAUCAUAGAUGAGCGUAAAAUCAGAAUAAAGCCUUUACCUAAAAAGAUUGUUUCAAGAUCACCUGAUGCUGCAGUUGAUAUUCCUGUCAGCGAUAUUGGCCUGGUUCGAAAGAAUUCAUCAAAUUUAGAUUCAUUUUUGGAUCCUGCCUUCAUGUCCCUGAUUAAAGACCCUGAUCAAAGGCGUCUGGAGCAGUGGGAGAAAACUGCUGAAGCACAAAGAGGCUUUAAUUGUGGUAAAUUACUUGGAUAUGGCGACAUUGAGGGGCCUCCAUUGUCUGCUGCCGAAGAAUAUUCUCUUCACUCUAGAUACCUAUCAAAAGCAAACUCUUUAAAUCUUUCUGAAAUUGCAGAAAUGAAAAUUGUCUAUCGUGGAGGUGUGGACAGUGAUGGUCAUCCCGUAAUGGUUGUUGUGGGGGCUCACUUUUUGCUCAGGUGUCUUGAUCUGGAACGAUUUGUGUUAUAUGUGGUAAAGGAGUUCGAGGCUUUAAUACAGAAACCUUAUACUAUUGUCUACUUCCACUCCGCUGCAUCUCUGCAGAUGCAGCCGGACCUGGGUUGGAUGAAAAGAUUGCAACAAAUACUUGGUCGGAAGCAUCAGCGCAAUUUGCAUGCAAUAUAUGUGCUUCAUCCAACUUUUGGACUAAAAGCAGCAGUACUUGGACUUCAAAUGUUUGUGGACAAUGUGGUUUGGAAGAAAGUAGUAUAUGUUGAUCGACUUCUGCAGCUCUUUAGAUAUGUACCUCGUGAACAGUUGACCAUCCCUGAUUUUGUGUUUCAGCAUGACUUAGAAGUGAAUGGAGGGAAGGGUGUCAUUGCGGAUCCCAGAACAAAAUUUGUGUAUGAUAGACCAUGACCUGCAUGCAGUUUCCUCAUUAUUUGCCUUUGCCCUUACUCUCUCCCUCAUAACCAGGGGGGCUAUGUGUUUUGUAAUGUGUAGCAUUCUUUUCUUUUUUGAUCAUUUGAAGUAAUGAUUAGUUUCUCUGUAUCUAUAUGUAAUUGACGGGAAAACUAGAUGGUUGCCUGUUGUCUUGUACAUUCAAAGAAGCAUAUUAUGAAUAAAAUCAUAUUGUUAUUGUUGUUAUUAUUA